AUGGAAACAUUGAAAUUGAUGUGCAGCGAUUUCCUGGAAUCAUCGCUGGAUGUUGAUAACAGUUUACGGUGUGCAUUAGUUGCUGAAAAGUGUGAGCUAAAGGCGUCAAAGGAAUUGGCAAAAAAGUUUUUCGCAGCUAGCUGCUCGAAAAUAUGCGAAUUGAAAGAGUUUCAUAGUUGGAGAGAAUCGCAAUUUGACGAUUUCGUUAAGAAUUUAUCAAAGAAUGAUCGUCUGUUCAAAGACUUAAUGAGAAAGAUUCAGACGAAUGAACACAUUGCAACGACACCGCUAGUCUUUUCCAAAGACUUGUUUCAAGCGAUAUCCAAGUCAUUCUUUAUCGCUGGUUACCUUGAAUCAAUUGCUUCGGAUAAUUCGACUUCCUCAAGCCGUUCAAACGCUAUUGCGAAUAAUCACGCAAGUCGAUUUUCUAUACCGGAACCAAUGACAGUAGCAGCCACUAGUAGUAUCAUUGAUGCAGGACUUUUUAUCAUAGCAAAGAGCAGAAAUGGCAGUGCAGUCGAUUUUUAUAGCAUUUCGGAAACGAGUGGCACGCGCAAAUGUCUACCAAAAUAUGGCAUUAAGACAGAUGGAAUCAAUACGUUCACAAUGCGAAUAUUUCCGCACAAAAAUCGAAUCUACAUGUGUUAUUCGACGAGAGGUCAACAGCUUCAAAUCAAAUGCUGGUGUUUUGAAACGCAAGCCAUGACCGAUGUACUGAUCCCGGCCACCGUGCAAUACAUUAAGCCACGCUUUGUCAACGAAAUUGGCGGCGAAAUUUUAGUGUCAGAAGAGAAAUACGUCACAUGGCCUUAUGAAGGCUUCAAAAUAACAGCAUGCAAAUUCGGACUGGAGUCUGAAAGUUACAAAAGCAUUGAGUUUAACUACGACAACUUGAAGGAGAUUAUCUACUUUGAAGAUGAAAUAUUUGUAUUCAGCAGCCAAAAGUCAGAAGUGAUGAGCUUUGAUAUGAACACAACCAAAUCAACGCCGAGAGGAUCGCUGAAUAAAAAUGGAAUUGUUAAAGCGGUCAUUUUUCAUGGGAAUCUUUAUGUGGGGUGUUAUAUUCGAACGAAAUGUUAUUUGUAUGUCGAACGAUACGACAAGAAAAACAAUCAUUGGAAUAUUGUCGGUUCGAUUUGCACAUACACAGAGGCAUCCAGUUUCCAUAUCGGUGCAACAGAUAACUAUUUGUAUGUAUUUUAUGGAAAGGGAAAAAUUCAACGAUAUAAUGAUGCAUGCGAUCGAUGGACCACACUCGAUUUCUCCGAUAAUUUUGAUCAAAUCGUGUUAUGUGUUUCAACAAGCCCAUUCAUGUGUGUUAAUGAUGAUAAAUUUUGA